GGCACGCUUUGAGAUUCGGAUCUCUAAAAUUACGCCAGUCGAAUGAAAUAUUGAAAUUAUGCAGUUUGCUACAUAGUUUUGGUGACAGUAUUGAUGAUGCUUUCGACAGGAUUAAAAUAAUUACGGGAAUUUCAAGUGACUGUCCUCGAGAAGGAAAUCGAUUUGUAUGAAAAUGAGACAGACUUGAUCGAGAAUGGAAUCAGACGGUGCGUUAAUUGCUAUGCAAUGUAAUCGUGUGCGUUAAUCGGUGAUCGCCAGGUUGCGUAGAACAAGAGGUACGUUAACAGCGCUGAUGAGCAGUCGCUCCAAGGCGUCCCAUGAAGGUACCCCCUUGGCGUAGGUGCAACUAUCUCAUCUAGUAAAAAAUAAUCCCAGAAACCCAAUUAUAUCAUCGAGCGCUUCGGAACGAACGAGUGCGAGAAUGUCCUACGGAAAGUUGCACGUUCUUCCACUAAGUCUCUUUAUCCUGAUUCCGGUAACGUUUCUAAUUACGUACACUAUGUCGGUGCAAUGGGACCACGUAGUACCAGGAUUUCCGUACAUAUCGGAAACAGGCACCUUGUCUCCGGAAUCGUGUAUAUUUGCCCAAUUCCUUAAUAUAGCUGCAUUACUUCUCGCCUGUUGCGUAUACAUUAGACAUCGACAAGUUUCCCAAUGGCAAUUCGAAAGGGGCAACGAUGUCGUGAGCAAGAAAAUCGUUGUUGUGACGGCAUGGUGUGGCGUUCUAGGUUGUUUUGGACUUGAUAUUCUGGCGAAUUUUCAAGAAGCCCGUGUUGUCGCGGCUCAUAUGAUCGGAGCAAUGACUUGUUUCACAGCUGGAACCAUUUACUUUUGCCUACAGACUUAUUUAAGUCACAAAAUGGUACCAGCAGUGAAUGGCAGAAUUGUAGUAUACAUUCGUGCAGCACUUUCGGUGUUGACGCUAAUUUUGACAAUUACCACGAUCCUACCUGGCUACAUUUCAAUGUUAGAAUUUCAAGGCGAUGAUUACAAGAAAUGGCUGCCAACCGACGGUGGCUGGGCCUGGCAUGUCGCUAGUGCCAUUUCGGAGUGGGUUCUAGCGAUUGUUUAUUGCGUUUUCCUGCUAACGUUCGUGCCAGAAUUUCGAUUAAUCAAUUUCGAGGAUCCUGUGGUUACGGUACUUUUUCCUUAUAACAUUAUAUUUAAUACACUGUGGCUCGCGAAACCAAAAAAAUUAUUAUUUUUAAUAUAUCUAGACAAGGAUCAAGAUUUGAAAUUACCACACAAGUUAAGUCCACAAAAGAGGGCGCGAAUCAACUUUGAAACCCGCAAAUAUGGUAACGGUCAUCAUCUACCAGCAUUAAAGCGAAAUUUGCUGUUUGGAUAUUCGUACUACAAAUUGCUCUCCGUGGACGAACGAAACAUGGAUAAGGAGGACUUCCUGGUCAACCUCCAUUAUCUACCGAUUAUCCUGUUCAUUUCGUUGCCUUCUGUCUUUAUUUUGACUUACAUAAUAGCAGUUUUAUUGGGUCAUGUGGAAGCCGAGUUUCCUUACAUCUCGGAUGCAGCUACCUAUGCACCGGAAAGCUGCAUAUUCGCCCAGUUUAUCAACAUGAUCGCGAUGCUCAUGUCCUUCCUCGUCUACAUAAGAUACUCUCAAGUGAAAGAAUGUUCGAAUACGUUUAGAUUGCAACAUUCUCUACCGAAAUGGAACCAUUGGGCCUUGAUUUUUGGCCUAAUAUCGACGUUUGGCCUCUCGGUGGUCGCAAACUUUCAAGAAACCUCUGUCAUAGUAGUACACUUUAUUGGCGCUCUUCUAUGUUUCGGUGGUGGAACUGCAUACUUUUGGACACAGGCCGUGUGUUCGUUCUACCUGCAUCCACUCGGAUGUUCGUUGAAACUGGCACAUCUUCGAGCGGCAUUGUCCACCUUUUGCACCGUUUGUUUCGUCGUAACUCUCAUCACUGGCGUGCUGGCACGCUUGGCCUAUAAAGGUACGAAUCCUCGGAAAUGGUACAAGGAAGAUGGCGGAUGGGAAUUGCACGUGGCUAGCACUAUCACUGAAUGGCUAUGCGCUGCGGCAUUCUGCGUGUACAUUUUGACAUUCACCGAAGAAUUUCGCGAUGUUAAAGUCACUCAUCCAAAGGUUAUAUCCACCCUUAACCGUACAAGAUUGAGCAACGAAGCGCUGAACGAAAGCCAGGACUCCGCGAUGGGUCACAAUCGAGAUGCAACAACGAUCACCUGAUCGCUCAUAGGCAGAGGCGCCGGUGGUUACGUCA